GCUCCGCUCCCGGUGUUGUGCCUAAUCUCGACCCCCCGCAUAUUACAACCCCAUUAAGCAUUCGCUUAUAGUCAACGCCCCCCUGGGGCGUUGACAAUAAGCGAAUGCGCGUUCACGGUUCACGCGAAGGGGGGUUGUAUUAUGCGGGGGGGGGGAGAUUCGGCACAACACCGGUUCGAAGGAGGGGUCGCCCCAGUGUGAGUCGGAGUGUUUGAUUUGUUGUUCUUCCAGGAACCCGGCGAGCCUAAACCUUCCCUCCAUACCGUCCCCGUGUUAAGUGUUAAGUUAAGUGUUUUGUGAGUGGGUCGGGUGAUAAUGGGUCAGCAGGCGGAGGCAAUAGUCCAGGUAGAGGAGUAGCAGCACACACCUUCGGUCCGGCGUCACGGAUUGUUGACCAACUCCCACCCGGAAUUUCACUUCCCUGUCCCGAUUCCUCAGACCAGAUCCUACACCAUGUCGGAGGAGAAGGCGGAUAUCUCCAAGGAGCUGUUCGACAGUGUGUGUGAUGCGGUGGGCCACAGGGGACGCCCCUCUCUCUGGAGGGUCGCCGUGGAGCUCCGAGGAGACAAGCUGGAGACCAGGAUCCUGGCCCUGGUGUCCUAUCGAGCGUUCCUGCUCACUGCUCGGUCGCCCUCUAAGGUGGAACAGACCUUCAGCUACCUAGACCUCCAAGGAAUCAGCAGCAACAAGCCCAACCAGGUGGUGCUGGAGUACGACCGCACCCAGUGGGAUCUGACGCUGGGCACUGUGGACCAGGUGGACCAGGUCCUGGUCCACCUGGGGACCAGUCUGACCCGGAUCUGUCCCAACGGACCCGCCCUUAAGGUCCUGAGGAGGCUGGUCCUAAGCCCCCCAGACCGGACCCUGACCCUGCAGGCCUCCUGGGACCAGCAGACCCCCCCGGACCCUGGGCCCUGUGGCGGGUUCUCCCAUCAGUACUGGUGUGUGUGCGACCAUCUGGGUCUGCCAUACCGGGAGGAGGUCCAGUGGGAUGUAGACACAAUCUAUCAGACUCAGGACACCAGAGAGCUGAACCUACAGGACUUCAUUCACCUGGAGAACAGGGACCUGGUGGCCAUCCUCUCUGUGCUGGAGUACAACCAAUGGUUCACCAAGCUGUCCUCCAAGGACUUCAAACUGCCCUCAGACGUGUGGGAGCAGGUCCUCAGGGUGGUCUCCAGGUCGGGGGUGCUUGAGGAGCUGCUGCUGGACAACGCAGGGCUCAAGAGUGACUUUGCGGUAAAGUUGUCCGGAGCUCUGCUCCACAACCCGGCCAGCUGUCUGCACACCCUGAACCUGGCCAACAACGCAUUGGAGGACAAGGGUGUGAGUGCUCUGAGCGUCCAGCUGGCCAAGCUGCCCCUGGGCCUGAAACACCUCAACCUGUCCAAGAACUCCCUGUCGGCUAAAGGGGUCAACACCCUGUGCAUGGCGCUGUGUGCCAGCCCCUCUUCCUCCUCCCGUCUGACCCUCCUGGACCUGUCGUCCAACUCGCUCCGGGGGGACGAGCUUCCUAACCUCCACAGCUUCCUGAGUCAACCCAACUGUGUGGAGGCCCUGGAUCUGUCCAACAGCGACUGUGCUCUGGAGCAGGUUUGUGCGUCGCUCCUGAAGGGCUCCCUGGAGCACCUGAAGAUCCUCAACAUGAACAAGACCGUCUUCUCCAACAGGAGGAGUAAGGAGGUCCCUCCCUCCUUCAAGAUGUUCUUCAGCACCGCUCAGAGCCUGAAGACUGUCAGCCUAUCAGGGACCAGGCUGCCGAUUGAGGCCCUCAAGUCUCUGCUGCUGGGUCUGGGCUGUAACCCCAACCUCAGCGAGGUGUCUCUGGACAUCAGCUGCUGUGAGCUGCGGUCGGCGGGCUCCCAGAUCCUGGAGGGGUGCAUCGCUGAGAUCCCAAACAUCUCCAGCCUGGACAUCUCUGACAAUGGUCUGGACAUGGACCUUAGCCCCCUGCUGGUCUGGCUAGCCAGGAACCGCUCCAUCCAACACCUGGCACUGGGCAAGAACUUCUCCAGCAUCAAGUCCAAGAAUGUGUCCCACGUCCUGGAUAACCUGGUCCACAUGAUCCAGGAGGAGGAGUCGCCCCUGACCUCCCUGUCCCUGGCCGACUCGCGGCUGAAGGCGGAGCUCAGCAUCGUGCUCAGCGCUCUGGGCUCCAACUCCUCCCUCACGCGCCUGGACGUCAGCGGCAACGCCAUGGGCGACAUGGGCGCCAAGAUGCUGGCCAAGGCCCUGCAGAUCAACACCAAGCUCAGGACUCUCAUCUGGGACAGGAACAACAUCAGCCCUCAGGGUCUGCAGGACGUGGCCGCCGCUCUGGAGAAGAACCACACCAUCCGCUUCAUGCCCAUCCCCAUCGUGGACGCGGCGCAGGCCCUGAAGACCAGCCCCGAGAAGACCGAGGACGCCCUGCUGAAGAUGGAGCAGUACCUCCUCAGGAACCACGAGACCAGGAAGUACCUCCAGGAGCAGGCCUACAGGCUGCAGCAGGGCAUCGUCACCACGACGACGCAGCAGCUGGUGGACCGGAUGUGUGUGAAGGUCCAGGACCACCUGAACUCCCUCCGUUCCUCUGAGACCCCGGAGGUCCAGCAGGACAUGAGGACCGCGCAGAACCUCAUGAAGGACGCGCGCAACGCCAAGAAGCUGCUGCCCAACCUGUACCACCUGGGCGGCUCGGGGGCCAGGGGCCCCUGCGUGGAGGCCAUCCAGGAGACCCUGGGGGCCAUGGCGGGGGAGCUGUCCGGGGUCAUCGACCGGCAGCUACAGGUCCUCCUCUCCUCCAUGGUGGAUACAGCAGAGAGUGUGUGUCCCCAUGUGAUGAGGAGGGGCAGUCUGCGGGAGGCGCUGGUGGAGGCGUGUGGAGGGAGGACGGUGGUUCCUCGCUCCUUCGUCAGCUCCGCCCUCCUGGAGCAGUCUGGGGUCGACAUCAUCAACAAGAUCAGUGAGGUGAAGUUGUCUCUGGCCUCUCUUCUCUCCGACCGCAUCGUAGACGAGAUCCUCGACUCCCUGUCUGUCUCCCAGCACAGCCUGGCUGGUCAUGUGACCAAACGGUACCAGCCCCUCCCAGACCCGGCCCCGCCCCCGGAGGCGGAGCUUCCUGAAGACUGUUUUAUGGAGGAGAUAAGCCCCGCCCCUGAUCAGACUGAGGACCCCAGAGAGGACCCCAGUCCGACGAACCCGCGCUCCAAGAGGAAGAGUAUUCUGGUCCGCAUGCUGCGCCCCGUCUCUGUGGCCUUCGAGAUGGAGUUCGACCUGGACAAGAAGUUGGAGGAGGUGCCGAUCCACGAGGAGGACCUCCCGCCGCCCCCUCCUGCCCAGCCGCUCAGAGACUCCCGUUUCCUCGGCGACCUGCCCGCCCCCCCUCCCCCGGCCCAGCUGAGCCCCCCCGGCUGCCAGGCCCCGCCCCUCCGCACUCUGACCCUGCCCAGCGCAGAGAGGAGGCUGGAGCACCACACCAAGCUCCGCCCCAAACCGCCCAGCAGGACCAAACCCAGCCGCGUCCGCCGGCCCCCGCCCAGCUCCCCGGGCCCCGAGGGGGCGGAGCUUCCUGGUAAACUGGACCACGGCCUUGACGCGUUCUACCAGCGGACCGUCAACACACUCAGCCUCAGGCGGAGCUCUCCUGGUUCCUCCGGCUCAACACAGGAAGUGGCGGACAGGAAGCGGGGAGGGUCAGGGAGGGGCGGCCUGAGGCAGCUCCUCCAGCCUCGCGGCUCCCGCUCCUCCACCACCUCCUCCACCUCCUCCUCCACCUCCUCCGUCGCCCCUCCUUCCCCCACCGCCGUCGUCAUGGUAACAGAGGAGGAGGCGGGCGGCGUGUUUCGACCCAACGACCCUCCUGCUGAGUCCGAGACCCCCUCCCCCAAGACCCCCUCCCACAAGACCCCCCCCUCUGGCCCCCUCUCCGGGCCCCCCUCCGGCCCCCCUCCGGGGCAGCAGGAGGAGCAGCAGGAGCAGGGCCCCCCUCCUGCUCCGCACCCCUUGGGGGUCCGGGUUCUGGGUCUAGACCUGCUGGCCGAGAUGAAGGCGGUCCAGGAGAGGAAGGCAGCGGCACACAAGUCAGCUCCUCCCUCCUCUCUGGAUGCUACUGCAGCAGAUCCUCCUCUCCUGGACCCUUCCGGCGGUCCGCCUCCAGACCCGGCCCCCCGCUGUAAACCCAGGCCCCCCAAACAGCCCCUGGGUCCCCGGACCUCCGGGACCGGCCCCCCCGGCCCCGCCUCCCGACCAGGCCCCGCCUCCCGACCAGGCCCCGCCUCUCGACCCGGCAGCACCACCGGACCAGAAGAGACUGCUCCACUUCCUUCUCCCCUUCCUGCCCCACUUCCUGCCCCACUUCCUGCUCCACUUCCUGCUCCACUUCCUGCUCCACUUCCUGCCCCACUUCCUGCCCCACUUCCUGCCCCACUUCCAGCCCCCCGCCUGAGGAGGGCGCCCUCUGAGCCGGAGACGGAGGAGGCCAGCAACCUCAAGGGGGCGGAGUCUCCUUCUGACCGGAGGGGUUCUUCUGGGUCAGAACCAGGAGAGGAUCAGAGAGCAGAGGAGGGUGAGGAAGACUCCCCUGAUGAUGAAGAACCCUCGGUCUGAGGCCGUCCUCCAUCUCUGCGCUCCAGGGGUCCGUUCUCCCCGGUCCUCCCUCAGUCCACUGGACCAGACCAGACCGGUCCAGACCCCAUAUAGGAUCAUAAUAAUAAUAAUAAUGCCUCCUAACUUCAUUACAGAUUCAUGAAUCAGAUAAGAUGUUCGAUCUUUACUGUCUUUUUUUAUAUAUGAAUAUAAUGGUGAUGGUUUUAAUUUUACUGGGAAAUUAUAUAUGCUUUUUAUUUUUUAUUUGGUUAAAAUAAAUCCUGUUCUAUUGUGGGAAACCCUUCCUAUCUAUAUAUACGAAGAUGUACGUCAAAUCUAAAGUUGUGAAAUAUUUCUGGAUAUUAAAGUCUUGAUUGAUACUGA